AUGAUCUCCCCGAACCAAGACGAUUUUUGGGGCGCGCUCAAGCCCGUAAUUUUUGUCUCCCAACUGUUUUCGCUGUUUCCGGUGCAGGGAUUGUUCGCAAAGGAUGCGUCCGCUAUUCAGUUCCGUUGGAUGAGCCUCCGGACUUUGUAUGCGUUGUUUUUCCUAACGCUGGCAGGGCUGGCGAUUUGCGCUCAGGUCAAUUUCAUUGUAGGAACUAAGGUGUCUACCGGUGUUGUCACGGAACAGCUAUAUUUUACAUUCAACUUUUGUGGUACUGUCUGCUUCUUUGUGAUCGCUUGCCGUUGGAAACAAAUUAUGAUGUAUUGGAGAAAACAAGAGGACAUUUUUCUGCGACCACCAUACAAGCCAUAUGGGAUAAGUUUGAGAGUUAAAAUCGGAGUUACUGGACUAUCUCUAAUAGCACUGUCUUUCGCUGAAGACAUACUUCACAUACUAUCAUCAAUGAAGGUCAAUCAGGAUUAUAUUGAUUUUUGUAAUAUUACUGAACCAUUCUGGAUGAUUUUCUACACCAGAGAACAUCGUAAAGUAUUUGAUUAUGUUCCUUACAAUUGGCCCAUGACACUGCUUGUGGAGUUCACUCACAAGGUGUAUUUGUUUGUAUGGUCAUUCAUGGAUGUUUUCAUAGCGUUAAUAAGCAUUGGUCUACUGACAAGAUUCGAGCAAUUGUACAGCAGAAUCGAGCAUUUGAAAGGAAAACCAAUGUCCGAGGCUUUUUGGGCCGAAGUUCGUAGGGAUUACAUGCAGAUUUCCAACCUGGUAGCUUACAUGGACCGAGUGCUCUCUCCAAUGAUACUAAUCACGUGUGCCUCGGAUGUUUACUUCAUAACUUACCAGCUGUACAAAUCCAUUCAGUUGAAACUAACUUCGGGAACAACCUUCUACUAUCGAUUCUCCCUAGUGUUCCUCAUCUUCAGAGUCCUGGUAAUGCUGCUCACAUCAUCACAUGUCUAUGUUGCCUCUCGCAAACCAUUGGAGAUUCUACGAGCCGUUCCCAUGAGUUCUUGGACCACCAGUGUGCAACGAUUCACUAAUGAAAUUUUGAACAUCGAUAGUGUCCUCUCCGGUCACAAAUUCUUUUUUCUCAAGCGAAGAAUCAUUCUGGCGAUGGCCGGAACGUUGAUUACGUACGAACUGGUGAUGCUCAGCCAAGUGAAGGCAACGGACAGCGAAAUAAAGUGCGAGGAUUGAUUCGUUUGAAAUCAGCACUGACGGCACACAAUUAGAAAGCAAACAUUCCCGCAAUUUUGAGAAAGAUCCCCAAUGUUCCAGAAUUCAUCCCAAUAAAAAA